CACUGACGCAGCAGCGCCACUUUUGAGCGCUUGUCCUCCACAUCGUCAACAAUAACACAAGUUGUCAAACUGUGGCGAGGACCAAUCCGAGAGAAGCGAGCCACGGGGAUACAGCCUCCAGCCGUACGGGGAAGGUCAAAGAUGGUUCAAGAUAGCGCUCAUAUUCGGCGGCAGAGUGCCCAGGACUUCAUGGCAUGCUAUGACUCUGCCUGUGCCAGACAGGAGUCGGUGCCUCUCACGGCUGUUAGGAUGAACCUCGACAAAGGGAUGCUGGACUUCAAUGGAGACCGGGUCAAACUCCCGGACUGGCCACCCAUCCUCGGCUCCAUCUGCAUCAACAAACACCUGCACCACAUUGCAAUAAGUAGCACAUACCAAGCUGGUCUGGCUUCUGGAGACACAGAUAGAAGGCACUAUAAGUCUAGCUUCAAGAAGAGGAUCCCAGCCAUUCGCUCUAAGGACAUGACAUUUAAGUUGUGCAAGGCCCUGAGAGAGUGUCUGACUGGCUCGUCCAACCUCAAGACUCUGCAGCUCAAUGGACUUCCACUCAGAGAGAGGGACCUCAUCACCUUGACAAAGGGCUUUUCAAAAAGUGUUUCCUUGGAAAACCUAUCCCUGGCUAACUGUCCAAUCUCUGAUGAGGGCUUAGAGGUUAUCUGCCAAAGUGUGAAGUAUUCUACGAGCAUCAGAACGGUAGAUUUUACAGGAUGCAAUCUCACGUGGAGAGGGGCAGAGCAUAUGGCCAACAUCAUCAAGCAUCAGGGAAUGCAGAGGCAUGGUACCGCAUGGGCCGAGUCUCUGAGGUAUCGGAAGCCACAGUUUGAGGGAAUGGGAGGUCUCCGGCGAAUCACCCUGAACUCUAACACUUUGAUUGGGGACCGGGGUGCUGCUGCUCUAGCGCAUGAAGUGGCAGAGGACCUGUGGGUUAAAGCUUUGGACCUCCAGAGGUGCGGUCUGUCCAACGAGGGAGCUCGCCGUCUGCUGGAAGCCUUGAAAACCAAUACUGCUCUUUGCGUACUGGAUAUUCGCAGUAACCCUUUAAUUGACAAGGUCCUAAUUAAAACCGUCCUAGAGCGAGUGCUGAUGACCGCUGACGGACAGUCACCCGAGUUCUGCUGGAUCAAGCCUGCAGCCUCGGAGCCACAGAAAGCUUCCGGUCCAAAGAGGCGAGCGCUACCCGGCACAGUCCGAGGGAAGACGACAUUUAGGAAAGCCGCUCGUAAAGGACCAUCUCCUGUGGGACGGAGUUCCGGCGAUGCUCAGACCCAGAAGCCCUCGGCCCGCUCCGGUCCCGUGCCGUGGCGUGCUGCUGCACGAGCUGGACGUCAGAGAGGUCUGCCUCCUGGAGAAUGUGUGACGGAUCAGAGCUUUCAGGGUGCAGCUACCGUGAAGGUCACUGUGGAGUCGGACUCGGAGGGAGAGGAGGAGGACGAGGAAAGCCACGAAGAAGUGGUGGUGGAAGUGGAGAAGGGACCCCCAUCUCGUGGUCCCCAGGACAGGAAGUUUGAACACAUGCGGAUGGAGCUCAAGGAGUGUCGCCUGAGGCUGGCAGAGGAGCGCAGGGCCCGACUGAAAGCCGAGUCCAGGCUCAUGGAGCACGAGUUGGAGAACGCCCGUCUCCGCGACAACAACCUCUCCCUGUCGGAGGCGCUCUCAGCGUCAGCAUCAGCACCGCCCGCCCUCGGUGCUCUUGAAGACGACGCGGUCCUCGAGAGCAUCGAGAGUUCAUUUACCAGGUUCCACGCUUUCCUGGAUCUCCUCAAAGAUGCUGGCCUUGGUCAGCUGGCUUCGAUGGCUGGAAUCGACAAGUCCGAUUUCCCCCCUCCAGGAAGGCCUCAGCUCUCGUCGACAGUCGGACCGUAUUCUGCCGGCAAUGUUCGGGCAGCGGCCGAUGCGUCGUCUUCAAUCAGGAGUGUCUUUCAGUUUCAUGAUGCCUCCCUGCUGGUGCGUCAUGUUGACUUCAGCCAUCGGGGAUCUGUUCCUCAUCCGGAGUCGAAAUAAGAGUUACAUUUCCCCUCUCUCCCUCUGACCCUCUGUCCUUCUGAUCCUCUGACACUCUAUCCCUCUGACCCUCUGGCCGUCUGACCCUCUGACCCUCUCUCCCUCUGACCCUCUCUCCUUCUGACCCUCUGACCCUCUCUCCCUCUAGCCUUCUGACCCUCUAUCCCUCUGACCCUCUGGCCUUCUGACCCUCUCUCCCUCUGGCCUUCUGACC